GAACAGGGCAGAGGGCGAAUAACGAAAAACAACACCGGCCAGUGAGUGUAAAGUGGUGAAAAGUUGAUUGAAAUUUAAGUGUCAACUGGUGUCAACAUCAACUACAAGUACUGCCUGAACGUUUACCAAAGUAAUACGUGUACAGAUUUAAUUCACCGCAUUUUCUGAAAGUUUAAAAUGGCUGACGAAGAUGAAGGCAAUGAGUAUCGGUGGGAGACUGGUUAUGAAAAGACAUGGGAGGCCAUCAAAGAGGAUGACGAUGGGCUGCUGGAAGCAUCAGUGGCGGAGAUCAUCCAGCGAGCUAAGAGAAAGCGACAGGCUGAGAGGAAACCUAACACUCGUUUGGGUAUGAUGAGACACCUCUACAUAAUUCUGGAUUGUUCUGAUGCAAUGUCAGACCAAGAUCUAAAACCAACACGUCAGCUUUGUACAGCCAAACUCUUGGAGGGUUUUAUAGAAGAAUACUUUGAUCAGAAUCCCAUUAGUCAAAUGGGGAUUAUUGUUACUAGAAAUAAGAGGGCAGAGCUUGUGUGUGAAUUGGCUGGAAAUGUACGAAAACAUGUUGAUAUUGUGAAACAAAUUGCCCAAGGUCCUUGUAGUGGAGAGCCGUCACUACAAAACUCUUUAGAGUUGGCUUUAAGCUCUUUACGUCUCCUACCUGGACAUGCAAGUAGAGAAGUUCUCAUUAUAAUGGGUUCACUCACCACAUGUGACCCUCAUGAUAUCAAUGUUACAAUCCAGAAACUGAAAGCUGAAGGCGUUCGUUGCUCAGUUAUUGGAUUGGCUGCAGAAGUUAGAGUUUGCCGGCAGCUUAGUAAAGAAACGGGUGGCUUGUACUCAAUUAUUUUAGAUGAUUGCCACUUCCGAGAUCUUCUCCUUCAGCAAGUAGAACCACCACCAGCUGCUCGCACUCAGGACUGUUCACUUGUUCGCAUGGGAUUUCCUCACCACAGCAAAAUUGGAAAUGAUCCAGCUGAUGCCAGUGGUGCCCCCAACAACAAUGCUAUGUCAUUUUGUAUGUGUCAUUUGGAUGUGGAAGGAAAGAUGGAUGCAAGUAAACUUGGUGUUGCCGGCCACCUGUGUCCUCAAUGUGGGAGUAAGUACUGCGAGUUACCUGUGGAAUGUAGAGCGUGUGGCCUCACACUUGUCUCAGCACCUCAUCUUGCUCGCUCCUACCAUCACUUGUUCCCUGUGGAUAACUUUUUGGAGAUGGAUGCAAAAGAAAAUAUGAAGCACAACUGCUUUGGGUGCAGACGAAAAUUUGUAGAGAUUGAUAAACAUGUCUACAAGUGUGGUGCUUGUUCUCACAUCUUCUGUUUAGACUGUGAUAUUUUUGUUCAUGAUACCUUACACAGCUGUCCAGGCUGUACAAGUUCUUGUAAGAAUGUCAAAUAAGCAUAUCUUGAGCUACUAAAAUGAAGGUAAAUGUGCAAGAAAAUAA